UUUCACAUAUAAUUUUUAAAAUCAGAGGUUAAAAAAAUAAUAAUUUUAUCAUGUUACCUUAAAUAUUAAAAAUAAAAAUUUAAUGGUUCUGUACAUAUUUUUUAAAUAAUAAAUAAUGUUAAGGACUAAGAUUUUAAAUAUAAUGAACAAGUCAUCCCAACUUCUUCGACAAUAUUCUUCCGAACCAGAAAGCACAAUUCUAAUAGAUAAAGUAGGUAAAGUGACAACAAUAGGAAUAAACAGACCAGACAAAAGAAACUGUGUGGAUACCCACACUGCCGAAAAGCUCAGACAAGCAAUUCAGGAUUUUGAAAAUGACACAUCUGUAUAUGCAGGAGUUUUAUAUGGUAUAGGUGGUAAUUUUUGUGCAGGGUAUGAUUUGAAUGAGUUGUCGCAAUUGGAUGAAACCCGCGUUUUAGACACAUUACAUGAAGAAGGAACCAUGGGACCCACAUUAAGAUUAAUCAAGAAGCCUCUGGUUGCAGCCGUAAGUGGAUAUGCUGUAGCAGGAGGAUUUGAAUUAGCUUUAAUGUGUGAUCUGAGAGUUAUGGAGGAAACAGCAGUUGUUGGAGUUUAUAACAGAAGAUUUGGUGUGCCACUCAUUGAUGGUGGAACUGUUAGACUACAAGCAAUGGUGGGACUUUCGAGAGCCUUGGAUUUAAUACUAACAGGUCGUUCAUUAAACGCUAAAGAAGCAUUUGAUUGGGGUGUUGCCAAUAGAAUUGUAGCAUGUGGAACAGGAUUGGGACAAGCCAUAAAUUUAGCAGCUUCAUUGGUGAAGUUUCCUCAGGGUUGUUUACAUGCAGACCGGGAAUCGACGUACAAUGCAGCGUAUAAUGCUGUUUAUUCAGAAUUGACAAAGUUUGAACAAAAUAAUGCAAAAGGUAUUUUGAAGGAAGGGAUUGAAGGGGCGAAGAAAUUUAUGUCAGGUUUAGGAAGACAUGGGAAGGCUCAUAAUCUUACAGAAAAAGAUAUUUGUGAGUGGGAAAAAGAAUAUAAAAAUACCAAAAGCAAAUUGUAAAAAUGUAAAUAAGUAUAUUUUAAGAUACA